UGUAAACAAAUAUGGAAGACACCAACUUUUUAAUUUCAAUUUGAGUUAUAAUUAUACGCAUUUUUACUCCAUAUGGCAAGUGAUGAUGCUGUUAGGGCAACAAAUGAUGAUGCUGCCCAAUGUAAACGAUUUGCAGUGGAGAAAGGAUACUGGAAAGACCCUUUCAUCACUCUACUGACUCAAAGAAGUCAAAAUAAGCAUGCACCAGAAAUAAGCCGUGGUUACUAUGCCCGUGUAAUAGCGAUGAGGACACUUCUUCAAAAAUUUAUCAAAAUGACAGAUGGUAAUUGCCAGGUUGUGAACUUGGGAGCAGGAUUUGACACUACAUACUGGUUGUUUAAAUCAAAUGGAAUCAAAGCAAAGUCAUUUGUUGAGAUGGAUUUUCCUACUGUUACAUCAAAAAAAUGUUUUUUCAUCAGAAAAGGAGAACCCUUGCUGAAUGCAAUAGCUUCAGAGGAAGAAGAUAUUCAGAUAAGCAAGUCUGAAAUUCAUGGACAAGAUUACCAUUUAGUAUCAGCAAAUCUACGAGAUAUUAAAGAAGUUGAAACUAAAUUACAUGACUGUCAUGUGGAUAAAUCUUUACCUACAGUAUUUAUAGCAGAAUGUGUACUUGUCUAUAUUGAUAGUGAUAAAACUAAAGUUUUGUUAAAAUGGAUUACAGAUAAUUUUACAUCAGCAUUAUUUCUUAAUUAUGAACAGGUUAAUAUGCAAGACAAAUUUGGAGAAGUUAUGAUAGAGAAUUUAAAGCAAAGAGAUUGUUUCUUACCAGGAGCUUCAGCAUGUGCUAGCCUUCAAUCUCAGAAAAUAAGAUUUACAGAUACAGGAUGGGAAGCAGCUGAUGGUAUGGAGAUGACAAAUAUUUACAAAUGUCUUCCACAUGCUGAUGUUCACAGGGUAGAGAAGUUAGAAUUUAUGGAUGAAAGAGAAUUACUUGACCAGCUGUUCUCCCAUUAUUGCAUUGUAUGGGCAUGGAAAGAUCCAAACAAUAUAGGAUUAGGAAGCAUCGAUUUGACUUAAGCACAAAUAGUAAUUUGUGUUGGUAUUUUAAGCUUGCUUGGGCAAGUACAAGCUGUUUUGAAAAGCAGAUUGCUUGUCGUCUAACAGAGGUAUAUCCAACUGUGCCAACAUGCCUUUUGUUGUUAUGCAACCAACAAUCAUUUUUGUAACCUUUGACAAAAUAUUUAAUUACAAACAUGCUUAAUAAAUGGAUGUCCAUAGAUGUUUAAGAUUUCUAAUAUAUCAUUCCAAUCCUUUAUUUCUUUAAGGGUUCAUCAAAUUAUUUGUUGUUAUUCAGAAUGUAAAACAAAUUGUGCAGUUGCCUUAAAUGGCAUAAAAUAGAAUUCUAAUUAUUCUUACUGUCGUCAUUUUUAUGAUUGAAAAUUUAAAGGAACCUGUGAUUUGAUUAUUUGUCAAUAAACCAAACUCUACACCACUUGAUAUAAUGAAGUAAUUAGAUUUUGAUACGAUAAAAAAGAAAAUAAGCUGAUUUAAUAUUGUAUAUGGUAUUGUCAUUUCAAGAAUAAUAAAUUUUAAGCAUUAAAUGUUGAAUAAUGAUGAAAUAAAACCUUUUUUUUUAAAUAAAAAAGCAUGACAGAAUUAUAAACAAAACCAAAAAUGUUUUGUAGGAAAAUUUCACUUCA